AUGUCUCUGGGCCGCCUCCUUCGCCGGGCCUCCUCCAAAGCCUCGGACUUCCUGACCCUCACCCCUGGUGGCAGUGGCGGGUCCCCCUCGGUCCUGGAUGGAGAGAUCAUCUACUCCAAGAACAAUGUCUGUGUGCACCCCCCCGAGGGCUUGCAGGGGCUGGGGGAGCAUCACCCAGGGUAUCUGUGCCUGUGCAUGGAGAAGGAUGAGCUGCUGGGGGCCACCCUCAUCCUGGCGUGGGUCCCCAAUUCUCGCAUCCAGAGGCAGGACGAAGAGGCCCUGCGCUACAUCACCCCGGAGAGCUCCCCUGUGCGCAAGGUACCCCGCCACCGACGCCGGCGCAUCCCGAGCUCGGGGGCCCCCCACCAACCCUCCCCCACGGAGCCAAGGCCCUCACUGAUGCCCAAAGAUGAGGACAUCCUGGUGGUGGCCCAGAGCAUCCAGGAGGCAGUGCACAUCAGCGCUUCGCCUGAGGAUGGGGAGAAGCUGGCCCUGGACGCAGGGGCAGAUGGGCCACUCCCCGCCUCGCAGGCUGCCCACAGGGACUCUGGAGUCUUGUCCACGGUUGGCUCACAGGAUGGGGCUGAAGAGGGCAGGGAGCCACGGCCUGAGGCCGGCGAGGAGGAGGGCUCCUGGGAGCUGUCAGCGGAUGGAGUGAGCAGGGACAGCUCCUUCGACUCCGACUCCGACGCCUUCUCUUCGCCCUUCUGCCUCUCGCCCAUCAGCGCUGCCCUCACAGAGGGCAGCAGCUCUGCGCUCAUGGACAGCGAAGGCAGCUCCCCCUCCAGCUCGGACACCACCCUGCGCUUCCUGGACAGCAAUGGCCUCCUACAGACCUCGCGCUGGGACGAGGCUCAGCGGGGCUGUGCCCCGGAGCAGAUCUGCGGCGUGUUCCGCGUGGACCUGGGCCACAUGCGCUCCCUGCGGCUUUUCUUCAGUGACGAGGCCUGCACCAGUGGCCAGCUGGUCGUGGCCAGCCGAGAGAGCCAGUACAAGGUGCUGCACUUCCACCACGGUGGCCUGGACAAGCUGUGCGAGGUGUUCCAGCAGUGGAAGUUCUGCACCGAGUCCCACCUCGAGGACCAGGUCGCCAGCGAGAGGACGUGCGUGCAGUUCUCCAUCCGGCGGCCCAAGCUGCCGUCCUGCGAGGCGCACCCCGAGGAGAGCCUGUACCGCCGGCUGGACGUGCCCGCCUGGCUGCAGCACCUGAACGAGCUGGGCCAGGUGGAGGAGAUGUACAAGCUGCGCCAGGCCAUUUUCUUCGGCGGCAUUGAUGUGUCAAUCCGCGGGGAGGUCUGGCCCUUCCUGCUGCGCUAUUACAGCCACGAGUCCACGUCGGAGGAGCGGGAGGCGCUGCGGGUGCAGAAGAGGAAGGAAUACCUGGAAAUCCAGCAGAAGAGGCUCUCCAUGACUCCUGAGGAGCGGGGAGCAUUCUGGCGUAACGUGCAGUUCACCGUGGACAAAGACGUGGUUCGGACAGAUCGGAGCAACGAGUUCUUCCGUGGGGAAGACAAUCCGAACGUGGAGAGCAUGAGGAGGAUCCUGCUGAACUACGCUGUGUACAACCCGGCCAUUGGCUACUCCCAGGGCAUGUCGGACCUGGUGGCACCCCUCCUGACCGAGGUCCAGGACGAGUCAGACACCUUCUGGUGCUUCGUGGGUUUGAUGCAGAAUACAAUCUUCGUCAGCUCUCCUCGGGACGAGGACAUGGAGAAACAGCUGCUGUACCUGCGGGAGCUGCUGCGGCUGACCCACCCGCGCUUCUACCAGCACCUGGCCGCGCUGGGCGAGGACGGACUGCAGAUGCUCUUCUGCCACCGCUGGCUCCUGCUCUGCUUCAAGCGGGAGUUCCCCGAGGCCGAGGCCUUGCGCAUCUGGGAGGCCUGCUGGGCCCACUACCAGACGGAUUACUUCCACCUUUUCAUCUGCGUGGCCAUCGUGGCCAUCUACGGGGACAACGUCAUCGAGCAGCAGCUGGCCACUGACCAGAUGCUCCUGCACUUUGGAAACCUGGCCAUGCACAUGAAUGGAGAGCUGGUGCUCAGGAAGGCCAGGAGCUUGCUGUACCAGUUCCGCCUCUUGCCGCGGAUCCCCUGCAGCCUGCAUGAGCUAUGCAAGCUCUGUGGGACGGGAAUGUGGGACAGUGGGUACAUGCCCGCUGUGGAGUGUGCCGGCCACCACCCAGGCUCCGAGGGCUGUCCCUACGGGGGCACGGUGGAGAUGCCUUCACCCCCAGCUCCAAGAGAAGGCAAGAGGGGCCCGAAGACACCUCGGGAAGGCUUUGGCUUCCGCAGAUAGGUGGGAC